GCCCGCGCGUCCGCUCGCAGGGACACGUCAUGGCUCUGGAGGGGCUGUGCUCGGCGAGGAAAAGGGCCCUGGCCCAGGGUCCCCUGGCUUGGCUCCUGCUGGCCUGGAUGGUUCUUUUGUGCAUGGCAGGUGGCCAGGGCCGCUGGGAUGGGGCAGCAGAGCCUGCGGUUCCUGGACGUUUGCGGAGGCGUGGUGGUAGCCCGGGCAUUCUGCAGGGGCCAAAUGUGUGCGGCUCCCGCUUCCAGGCUUACUGCUGCCCCGGCUGGAGGACGCUGCCUGGUGGGAACCACUGCGUCGUGCCCGUCUGUAGGCACUCCUGCGGCCAGGGCUUCUGCUCCCAACCCAACCUGUGCACCUGUGUGGACGGCAGGCUGGCCCCCAGCUGCGGGGGGAGCCCAGGGUCAGGGUGCAGCGUCAGCUGCAUGAAUGGGGGCAGCUGCAGAGGGGCAUCCUGCCUGUGCCAGAGAGGCUACACGGGCACUGUGUGUGGGCAGCCCAUCUGUGACCACGGCUGCUACAACGGCGGCCGCUGCAUCGGACCCAACCGUUGCGCCUGUGUGUACGGCUUCAGGGGACCUCAGUGUGAGAGAGACUACCGACUGGGGCCCUGCUUCGGCCAAGUCGGCCCCAAGGGGUGCUGGCGUCACCUGCCAGGCCUGGUCUGCACCAAGGCUCUCUGCUGUGCCACCGUCGGCCGGGCUUGGGGCCUCCCGUGUGAACUCUGCCCUGCCCAGCCGCUCCCCUGUCGCCGCGGCCUCGUCCCCAACAUCCACACAGGGGCUUGCCAAGAUGUGGAUGAGUGUCGCCACGUGCCAGGCCUCUGCUCUGGGGGCGACUGCACCAACACAGUUGGGAGUUACAUGUGCACCUGCCCCCCUGGUUUUGCCAUCAGCCUGGAUGGCACCCGCUGCCUGGACCACCGGACUGGUACCUGCUUCUCGGUGCUGAUCGGGGGCCUCUGUGCCCGAGAUCUCGCCGGCCACUACACUCGCAGGCAGUGCUGCUGCGGCACGGGCAGGUGCUGGGCGGCGGGCCCCAUGCCUGAGCUGUGUCCUCCACGGGCUUCUGAUGAAUUCCAACGCCUGUGUGCCCAGGGGCUCCCGCUGGUGCCUUCCUACCCCUUCCCCGUCCUCCCAGGCUUCGGGCCCAAAGGCGUGGGUCCUGGCCUUGGUGGGCUGCCACAGCACCACCCCCAUGUCUCCAACGGCCCUGGGGUCCCCAACUCCAACAUUGGCACAGCCACGCUGAACCAGACCAUCGACCUCUGUCUACACUUCACCAACCUGUGUCUCCACGGGCGCUGCCGGACCACCCCUUCCAGCUACCACUGCGAGUGCAACCUGGGCUUCAGGCAGGACGUGCGGGGGGAGUGCAUUGACCUGGAUGAGUGCUCCAGCAGCCCCUGUCACCACGGAGACUGCAUCAACACCCCCGGCUCCUACCACUGCCGGUGCCACGAGGGCUUCCAGGCCACGGUCGCCAAGCAGGCGUGUGUGGAUGUGGACGAGUGCGUCAUCAGCGGUCAGCUCUGCCGCCACGGCCGCUGUGUCAACACUGAGGGCAGCUUCCAGUGCGUCUGCAACGCGGGCUUCGAGCUCACGCCUGACGGCAAGAACUGCGUGGAUCACAACGAGUGUGCCGCCACCACCUUGUGCCUCCAUGGGGUGUGUCUCAAUGUGGAAGGCAGCUUCAGGUGCCUCUGCAAACCCGGCUUCCUGCUGGCGCCUGGGGGUCAAGACUGUCUGGAUGAGACCUGGGACAUCGACGAGUGCCAGUUGCCCGGCAUCUGCGUGAACGGCCAGUGCUCCAACACUGAGGGUUCCUUCCACUGCCGCUGCCCCGGGGGGCUGGCGGUGGACACGGAUGGCCACAUUUGUAUGGACACCCACGUGCGCAGUACAUGUUACGGGACUGUCGAGAAGGGCUCCUGUGCCCGCCCCCUCCCUGGCGCCGUCACCAAAUCCGAGUGCUGCUGUGCCAGCCCCGACCAUGGCUUUGGGGAGCCGUGCCAGCUGUGUCCUGCCAAGAGCUCCGCCAAGUUCCAGGCCCUCUGCAGCAGUGGUCUCGGCAUCACCGCAGAUGGCCAAGACAUCAACGAGUGUGCCCUGGACCCAGACGUCUGUGCAAAUGGCACGUGUGAGAACCUGCGAGGCAGCUACCGGUGCAUCUGCAGUCUGGGUUACGAGGCAGGCGUGGCAGGCAGGGACUGUGUGGACGUGGAUGAGUGUGCCCACAACAGUCUGCUGUGUGACAACGGAUGGUGCCAGAACAGCCCAGGCAGCUACAGCUGCUCCUGUCCCCGGGGCUUCAGCUUCCGCCAGGACACGGAGACCUGUGAAGACGUCGACGAGUGCCUCUCCAGCCCGUGUGUGAGUGGCGUGUGCCGGAACCUGGCUGGCGCCUUUGCCUGCGAAUGUGCCCCCGGCAGCUGGCUGGGGCCCUCCGGCACCGUGUGCCUAGACAGCACCAAGGGCACCUGCUGGCUGAAGGUCCAAGAAGGCCGCUGCGAGGAGAACCUCCACGGAGCUUCCCUGCGUUCCGAGUGCUGUGCCACCCUCGGGGCUGCCUGGGGGAGCCCUUGUGAGCCCUGCAAGAUGGACCCAGCCUGUGCUCGUGGCUUUGCCCGCGUGAAGGGUCUCACCUGCGACGACGUGAACGAAUGUGAAGCCUUCCCUGGGGUCUGUCCCAAUGGGCGCUGCCUCAACACUGCUGGCUCCUUCCGCUGUGAGUGUCCCGAGGGCUUGACGCUGGAUGCCAAGGCCCGGCUGUGUGUGGAUGUGCGGCUGGAGCCGUGUUUCCCACAUGGGGGCGAGGACGCGUGCAGGGCUCCCCUACCUGGGAAGUACCGGCUGGACGUCUGCUGCUGCUCCAUCGGGGCUGCUUGGGGAGCUGCGUGCAAGGCGUGCCCGGAGCCUGCGUCCCCGGCGUUUGCCAGGCUGUGCCCUCGGGGGCUGGGCUUUGCCAGCCGGGACGUCCUGUUGGGCCAGCCCUUCUAUAAAGAUGUGAACGAGUGCAAAGCCUUCCCAGGCCUCUGCUCCCACGGUACCUGCCGCAACACCGUGGGCAGCUUCCGCUGUUCCUGUGCUGGGGGCUUCGCCCUGGACACCCGGGGGAGGAACUGCACGGACAUUGACGAGUGCCGCAUCUCCCCAGACCUUUGCGGCCGGGGUGCCUGCGUCAACACCCCUGGCAGCUUCGAGUGCGAGUGCAUCCGCGGCUAUGAGGGCGGCUUCCUGUUGAUGAAGACCUGCGUGGACGUGGACGAGUGUGUGCGGGACUCACAGCUCUGCCAGGGAGGCACGUGCAUCAACACAGACGGGAGCUACGAGUGCCAGUGUCCCCUUGGACACAUGCUGACAGCCGAUGGCACUGCCUGUGAGGAUGUCGAUGAAUGCUCCCUGAGUGACAGCUUGUGCCCCCAUGGCCAGUGUGUCAAUGUCAUCGGCACCUUCCAGUGCUCCUGCCACGUCGGCUUCCAGAACACGCCCGACCGCCAGGGCUGCAUGGACAUCAACGAGUGCCGAGUGGGGAAUGGUGGGUGUGGCACACACUGCAUUAACACCGAGGGGAGCUACCGCUGCAGCUGUGCACAGGGUUACUCGUUGACGCCCGAUGGGCGGGCAUGUGCAGACGUGGAUGAGUGUGAAGAGACCCCAGGUGUGUGCAACAGGGGCCAGUGCACAAACGUGCCUGGGGGGCACCGCUGCUUUUGCUACAACGGCUUCGUGGCCAUGCCAGACCUGAGGACGUGUGUUGACGUGAAUGAGUGUGACCUGAAUCCCCACAUCUGCCUCCACGGGGACUGCGAGAACACCAAGGGCUCUUUUGUCUGCCAUUGCCGGCGGGGCUACGUCGUCAGAAAGGGGGCCACGGGCUGCUCUGAUGUGGACGAGUGCGAGUUUGGGGCACACAGCUGUGAUCAUCACGCCUUCUGCCUUAACGUUCCCGGGAGUUUCAGCUGCAGGUGCCAGCCGGGCUGGGUGGGAGACGGCUUCGAAUGCCGCGACCUGGACGAGUGUGCCUUCCAUGAGCACCGGUGCAGCCUGCAAGCCCACUGUCUCAACUUCCCCGGCUCUUAUCGCUGUGCCUGCCUCCGUGGCUUCACCGGGGAUGGCUUCUCUUGUAAUGACCGGGACGAGUGUGCGGAGGACGUGGGGCUCUGCAAGAACGGGCAGUGCCUCAAUGCCCCCGGCGGGUUCCGCUGCGAGUGUGAAAUGGGCUUCAGCCCCACUGAGGACCACCGGGCCUGCCAGGAUGUGGACGAGUGUGCUCUUGGGACCCUCUGUGUGUUCGGGAGCUGCGAAAACCUACCUGGCAUGUUCCGCUGCAUCUGUGACGACGGCUAUGAGCUGCAUCACAGUGGGGACAACUGUACAGAUGUCAACGAGUGUGCAGACCCCGUGAACUGCAUCAACGGCCUGUGUGUCAACACCCCUGGCAGCUACCUCUGCAACUGCCCCCAGGAUUUUGAGCAGAACCCCAGCAGGGUGGGCUGCGUGGACACCCGAGUCGGGAACUGUUUCCUGGACACGCAUGACCGAGGGGAUGGUGGCAUUUCCUGUGGUGCCGAGAUUGGGGUCGGCGUCCCCCGAGCCUCCUGCUGUUGCUCCCUGGGCCGGGCCUGGGGCAACCCCUGUGAGCCGUGCCCGACGGCCAACACCUCUGAGUACAGAACCCUGUGCCCGGGUGGUGAGGGCUUCCGGCCCAACCCCGUCACUGUCAUUCUGGAAGACAUUGACGAGUGCCAGGAGCUGCCGGGCCUGUGCCAGGGGGGCGACUGUGUCAACACCUUUGGCAGCUUCCAGUGCGAGUGUCCACCUGGCUACCACCUCAACGAGGACACCCGCACCUGUGAGGACAUUGAUGAAUGCUCUGCACACUCGGACAUCUGUGGCCCUGGCACCUGCUAUAACACCCUGGGGAACUACACCUGUGUCUGCCCGGUGGAGUACCUGCAAGUCAACGGCGGCAACAACUGCAUGGACAUGAGAAAAAGUGUCUGCUUCCGGCACUAUAAUGGCACGUGUCAGAAUGAGCUGGCCUUCAACAUGACUCGAAAGAUGUGCUGCUGCUCCUACAACAUCGGUCAGGCCUGGAACAGACCCUGUGAGCCCUGCCCCACCCCCACCAGCUUGGACUAUCAGAUCCUGUGUGGGAACCAGGUUCCUGGAUUUGUCAUUGACGUCCACACGGGGAAGCCCCUUGACAUUGAUGAGUGUGGGGAGAUUCCUGCCAUCUGUGCCCACGGCAUCUGCAUCAACCAGAUCGGGAGGUUCCACUGCGAGUGCCCCACGGGUUUCGACUACAACAGUGUCCUGCUGCUCUGUGAAGAUGUGGAUGAGUGUGCAAGCAGGGGCAGCCCCUGCCAGCAGAAUGCUGACUGCGUCAACAUCCCUGGAAGCUUCCGCUGCGAGUGCACCCGAGGAUACAAGCUGUCACCAGGCGGGGCCUGCAUGGGAUGGAAUGAGUGCCAAGAGAUCCCAAAUGUCUGUCACCAUGGCAACUGCGUGGACACGGAAGGCAGCUACAAAUGCCUGUGUCACCGUGGCUUCUGGGCCUCAGCAGAGCAGACUGUGUGCAUGGACGUCGACGAGUGUGACCAACAGCCUUGUGGAAACGGGACCUGCAGGAACAGCGUCGGCUCCUACAACUGCCUCUGCUUCCCCGGCUUCACGCUGAUGCACAGCAGGAAUUGUGUGGAUGUGGAUGAGUGUGCCACCCUGGUGGGACAGGUAUGCCAAUUUGGCCAGUGCCUCAACACGGCGGGCUCCUUCCGCUGCCUUUGCCAGGAUGGCUUCAAGCUAACAGCUGAUGGGAAGAACUGUGUGGACAUCAACGAGUGUCUCAGCCUCACGGGAACCUGCCUACCAGGGACUUGCCAGAACCUUGAGGGUUCUUUCCGCUGCAUCUGCCCACCUGGCUUCCAGGUGCAGAGUGAACACUGCGUUGAUGUCGACGAGUGCUCAGAAGAGCCCAGCUUAUGCCUCUUUGGCACCUGCACCAACAGCCCUGGAAGCUUUCAGUGCCUCUGCCCACCCGGCUUUGUUCUUUCUGACAGUGGGCACCGUUGCUUUGACACACGGCCAAGUUUCUGCUUCACCCGGUUUGAGGCUGGAAAGUGCUCAGUGCCCAAAGCUUUCAACACCACCAAAAUCCAGUGCUGCUGCAGCCAGAGGUCUGGCAAGGGUUGGGGUGACCCUUGUGAGCUGUGUCCUCAGGAGGGCAGCGCUGCUUUUCAGGAGUUGUGUCCUUUUGGCCAUGGGGCAGUCCCAGGUCUGGAUGAUUCUCAGGAAGACGUGAACGAGUGUGUGGAGACCCCCGGUGUCUGCAUCAACGGCCUCUGCAUCAACACCGAUGGCUCCUUCCGCUGCCAGUGUCCCUCCGGCUACAGCCUGGACUUCACAGGCAUCAACUGUGUGGACACAGAUGAGUGCUCCGUCGGGCAUCCCUGUGGGGAAGGCACGUGCACCAAUGUCAUUGGAGGCUUCAAAUGUGCCUGUGCUGAUGGCUUUGAGCCUGGCCCCACGAUGACCUGCAUGGACAUCGACGAAUGCAGCCUUAACCCCCUGCUCUGUGCCUUCCGCUGCCGCAAUACUGAGGGCUCCUACAUGUGCACGUGCCCUGCUGGCUACGCCCUGCGGGAGGAUGGAGCCAUGUGCCGAGACGUGGAUGAGUGUGCAGACGGCCAACAGGACUGCCAUAUCCGGGGUAUGAUGUGCAAGAACCUCAUCGGCACUUUCGUGUGUGUCUGCCCUCUUGGCACACGGCCCCAGCCUGGCUCCGGAGAAGGCUGCACAGAUGAUGACGAAUGCCAUACCCAGCCCAGCCUCUGUGCCAAUGGCCACUGCAUCAACACGGUGGGCAGCUUCCGCUGCGACUGCAACGAGGGCUUCCAGCCCAGCCCCUCCCUCACCGAGUGCCGCGACGUCCGGCAGGGGCCCUGCUUUUCCGAGGUGCUGCAGGCUGUGUGCCAGGCUCAGGCGAGCAGCGGUGAGGAUGUCACCAGGGCGGAGUGCUGUUGCUCGGGGGGCCGUGGCUGGGGGCCCCGCUGCGAGCUCUGCCCCCUGCCCGGCACCCCCGCCUACCAGAAGCUGUGUCCCCAUGGCUCAGGCUACACCGCUGAGGGCCGAGAUGUCGACGAGUGCCGCGUGCUUGCUCAUCUCUGCCCCCGUGGCGAGUGCAUCAACAGCCUGGGCUCCUUCCACUGCCACUGCCAGGCUGGGUAUGCACCAGAUGCCACUGCCAUCACCUGCCUGGAUGUGGACGAGUGCAGCCAGGUCCCCAAGCCGUGCACCUUCCUCUGCAAAAACACAGAGGGCAGCUUCCUGUGCGCCUGUCCCCGCGGCUACCUGCUGGAGGAGGAUGGCAGGGCCUGCAGAGACCUGGAUGAGUGUUCCUCCAAGCAGCACAACUGCCAGUUCCUCUGCGUCAACACCGUCGGCGCUUUCACCUGCCGCUGUCCCCCCGGCUUCACCCAGCACCACCAGGCCUGCUUUGACAAGGACGAGUGCUUGGCCUGGCCCGACCCAUGUGGUACCCAGGGGCGCUGCCACAAUGCCCCAGGUGGCUUCCGCUGUGAGUGCCAUCCGGGCUUCACUCCGGACAGUUCAGGCCGUGGCUGCCAAGAUGUGGAUGAGUGCACUGGGCCUCACCGAUGCCAGCACGGCUGUCAGAACGAGCUGGGAGGCUACCGCUGUGGCUGCCGCCAGGGCUUCACCCCACACUCCCGGUGGGACCAGUGUGUGGAUGAGAACGAGUGUGUGCUGUCACCCGUGGCCUGCGGCAGCGCCACCUGCCACAACACUCUGGGCAGCUUCCGCUGUGUCUGCCCCUCGGGCUUCGACUUCGACCAGGCCCUGGGGGGCUGCCAGGACGUGGAUGAGUGUGCUGUGCGGGGCGGACCCUGUAGCUAUGGCUGUGCCAACACCCCUGGCGGCUUCCUCUGCGGCUGCCCCCAAGGCUACUUCCGGGCUGGGCAAGGGCACUGUGUCUCUGGCCUGGGCUUCAGCCCAGGAACCCAGGAGGUGGGAGAUGAGGAGGAGCUCCUGUCUCCUGAAGCCUGCUAUGAGUGCAAGAUCAACGGCCUCUCCCCACGGGACCGGCCACGGCGCAGCGCCAACGGGGACCACCAGGUGAGCCUGGCCAGCCUGGACUCAGAGGCCCCGCUGACCUUGGGCUUGAACCUCUCAUGCCUGGGCCAGGCUGAGCACAUCCUGGAGCUGCGGCCAGCACUGCAGAGUCUGGGCGGCCGGGUCCGCUAUGUCAUUGCCCGCGGCAACAACCAAGGCUUCUUCCGAAUGCAUCACCUCCGUGGUCUCAGCUCUCUGCAGCUGGGGCAUCGGAGACCAGGUCCUGGAACCUACCAGCUGGAGGUUGUGAGCGUGGCAAGGCCCUGGGGCACCCAUUUAGAGGGGUGGCCUGGGUCUGGGGGUCAGGCCUUGCGGCUGAAGGUGCAGCUGCAGCUGCUCUAGUUGAGAGGAGCCCAAACCUCCCUCCUGGCCCAGAACCCUUCUGUAACCCCAAGCAGGGUGACAGCCCCCUCUGCAACCGCACUGCAUGGGCACUGCCCAGCUCGGCCUGUUUCCAUGGGAGAGUGGGAAACUCCACAGUGUUGUGGGAAACUCUGAUGUCACUGCUCGCUGCACACCAUGGGGAGACCCUGGUUAUGAGCUGUCACCUCAAUGGGCCCCAGGGUCCCCAUCUCAACCUCCACCCCAGAAAUGGGACACUCAGACGCUGGGAAGGAUUGAUCCCAGCAGCCUGCAGCCAUGGCUGAUCAGGUCAAACCUCAGAACUCAGGAGAAGUGAAACUCGAUGACCUCGGGCGAGCCAGCCCCUGCCUAGUCCUCUGUGUGUGCCUGGGGGACCCCAACACUCAGCUUUUCCUGGAGAUGGCUGGAAGUCGCGGCUUGCACCCUCCACCCCCUGCAACCAGGGUCAGGGAGGGGUCCUCACUCACUGUAUCUUCUAUACUGCACUGUGGCUCGCCCAGGGUGGUCGGCCAGGGGAGACGGGGAGCUGGGGUGGGAGUGGAGCACUUCUCUCAGAGCAGAAGGGCUACGGGGCCCCAAGGCCACCAGAAUUGGGGGCACACAUUUGCAUCCUUGUUUGUCCCACCACCCCCCACCUUGGGAGGCUGGGUAGGGUCCUGAAGAUGCUUUUAUGUAAGAAACAAAGAUAACAGUAAAGUUAUUUUGGGUUAAACCUGUCACCUGGCAAGUUCUCUUGGCCUGGCCAGGCAAGGCUCAUGCAUGGAGCAGCUGGAGGUCCAGCCUAGGCCCUGAGGAGAAAGCUUAGGUGAGAGAUGGAUGAUGGGAAAGACUGGCCACCACUUGGGUUGGGGGACACAAUCCCAGUGUGCAUUUGAGCUCUGCCGAGUUUGGACCUCAGAUUGUUGCAAAGCCAGAGCCGGCUAUGAGUGGUGGCCAUUGGGCGUCCUCGUGGGUUCACUGACAGUCAUAGUGGCUAACACUUCCUGACCCCAUGCUGCAUGCCUUGUGCCAGUUGGAGUGUUUUAUAAGUGUUGGCCCUCACUACAACCCCAGGAAAUAGAGACGGUUAUUCUCAUCCCUGUUUCACAGAUGGGAAAACUGAGGCUCAGAAAGAUUGACACUUGCCCAAGCCACACCAGCUUGUAGGUGGCAGAGCCAGGUUCAAAGUCAGGCAGUUGUGCCAGCGUCCAUACUGUUAACUACUGUGCCAUCCCACCUGGCUGUUUUGGGUCAGAUCUACCGAAUAUCCUUUUACAAAGUCUGUAUGCUAAUGGCCGGAUACUCUUAACAUUAACAGCUAACAGUGACUGUGUAUUGUGUGUGUGCGUGUCAAAGCACAUUUAGUGUCAAUAAAUCCCCUA